AUGCACUCGCAACCACAUCAACCGCACUCGCUCACGUCGCCCAACUCGCCGCCGCCGCCGCCGCCGCCCAAACCUUCUCCUCCUCCGCCUCCGCCUCCGCCGCUGCCGCUCAUCGAACCUCGACCGUCUUGAACCAUACGAUCCCACCUUUUUACGCAUGUUACCUAUUGAGGUCAUUGAAGCAACCUAAUAGAACUUAUAUAGGUUCAACACCGGACCCGAAGAGGAGGUUGAAGCAACAUAAUGGGCUCGUUAAAGGUGUGAGUUUCAAUCUUUGGGGCGGAAACGGUGGCUGUGUUUUUUGUUUUUUUGUUUGGUGUUUGGUUCGAUUGAUUGAUGAGUCUGUUUUUUUUUUUUGGUUUUUUUGUUUGGAUUGGGAUUUGGGGUGGGGUGGGGAUGGACAUUGUAGGGUGCGUUCAAGACGAAGAGGGCUAGACCUUGGACGAUGUCGUUGUUGGUUCAUGGGUUCCCGAGCAAGUUACAGGCUUUGCAGUUCGAAUGGGCUUGGCAGAACCCUCAUCUUUCAAGACACCUACACGAACAAAACCUUCCAAUUCCUUCUUCUUCUUCUUCUUCUUCUGAGGUCAAAGUCGUCGUUGAUGAGGAUCAGGGACAAGUGGAAGAGGUACCCAAGUUGAACCCGAAGAAGAAGAAGAAGGAUCGAACUCGUUCAAAAAACGGUUCUACCGAACCUCUUACGACGGUCCCUCAAUUCCCUAAAACGACGCUCUCGAAUCGAGGCUUGACCAAAAUUCAAGUACUCAUGUUCAUGUUGACGAGUCGACCUUGGAAAGCGUUCGAUUUGAGCGUCGUUUGUUUUGAGCAACUUUCGAAAACUUGGUGGCAACGCGCGAUGGGGUUGGGAGUCGUCGUUAGGACUGAGGCUGCGAUCAAGAAGUUCGAGAAGGAACGAAGGGGGGUUCAGAGUCCGUGGGGUGAGCAGAGGGGGAGGUUUUUGGAGCGGGUCAAGGUGAUGGAUUGGUUCGAGGGUGUGCAUGGGCAAAAGGAUGGGGGGAAGACGUUUAGGACCGAUGAUGGUACGUGCUACGAGGGAGGUCCGAUCUGAGAGCGCAAGUCUUCAUUAGGGGGGGGGACUGAGUUGGGGAUCCUUUUUUGCGCAGGUGCGAUGAUCGAUGUCCAUUGGGCUAAAUGGAUCGAGCGCGUCGGAUCGGCAUCGAAUAAUGAUUGUGCGAUCUGUCAUCGACCCGUCAACGUCGAGGUGGGUCCGACCUUCCCAUCUCCCGGGGGGUAGGGGGGGGGCAAUAAGCUCGUUACUAACCCGUUCAUCGGGAUUUUCGCAAGGAUCAUCUCGAAUUCAUAUUGUGCACUUCAGAAAACCCCACUACUUCCACUUCAAAGAUGGUCACUUCCAAACCCUGUACCGCACUCUACCACCUCCCCUGUCUCGCGCACCACUUCACCCACACCACCUUCCAACGAUCCGGCUUUGUAGAAAAGGAAGAAGAUCAACCCCCCCUUCUUCCGCGAAAAGGGACUUGCCCUUCGUGUUUGGCGGAAUUGCAUUGGAGCGAAUUGGUUAGGGGUUGUUAUAGGCGUUCGGAUGAGGAAUCGGGCAAGAGGGAGAAGAUGAAGAGGGCGGAGGAGAGGAGGAGGAAGAAAGAAGAGAGGGAGAGGGAGAGGAUGGUGUUGGAGGGGGGCAGGAAAGGGAGGAAGAAAGUGGGGAGGGGGAAGGGCAAGGCGGUGGUGGAGCAUAGUGGGAGUGAGGAUGGGGUUGGGGCUGAGGAAAGGGUCGAGUUUGUGAGUGGGAGUGAGAGUGAGGAGGUAGGGGAUGAGGAUGAGGAGGAUGAGGUGGAGAGAAGCUUGGCGAUUUCGGUGGAGGCGGAUGGGGAGUUGGAAGGGCAGAGUGGUGAAAGUGCGAGUGAGGAGGAGGGGGAGGAAUUGCUAGUGGGAGUAAAGAAGGGGAGGGGAAAGGGGAAGGGAAAAGAGGGGCCAACGAAGAAGGUGACAAAGGCGAAAGUGACGAAGGAACCGAGCGCGUCGACGCCGAAAAAGAGGGGACGACCGAAGAAGGUCGUCGAGGCGUAUGUCGAAUUGUCGUCUUGA